GAGGUAGGAAGAGCUCACAAGUAUGAGCAAAUAAGCGCGCCGCACCACUCAAAUUGCUUAUUAAGCCUAGCAUGACUUGGGAAGUGUUUACGAGGAUGAGCAAAUUAGUGCGCGCCGCAUAAUGGCUCAAAAUUUAUUUUCCAACCCUUACAGGCAGACUCGCAUAUGUGAAUGCGGUCGUUCCCAUCUUGUACCAACAACUCUUCGAGCGUGUAAAGAUUUCUCUAGGUAUUGCUUGUUGAUUGUCAAUUAUCACUUUUACAAUCGAUCGUUUCGAAGCUCUGCAUACAUUCAGCACGAACCAUAGGGAUACAAUGGUUUUCAGAUUCACGAUAGACAAGGUGGUCAACCAGUACAUCCCUGACUCGGUGAUACCGUCCUUUCCGCCCGUCAUUGCAAGGUUUCUAGGCUCACACAAACCGAAGCCACGGUCUGAUCUUUUGGUAUGGCUCGAUAUCUUAAUCGGCUCCUUCUGCGGGAUUGCGCUUCUCGAAGCGGUGUUUAUGCCGGGCCACUCGCCUAUUUUUACCGCCGAACACCACGCUCCUAUGAUCAUUGCCAGUUACGGGGCAACUGCGAUUCUCAGUUUCAAUUCGAUCGGGGCGCCGCUAGCCCAGCCUCGUAACAUUCUCAUGGGCCACUUCACGGCCUCUUUGAUCGGGACCUGCAUCUCCAAGCUCUUUGGUCUCUCUGAGGCAGGGAGAAACAAUUAUUGGGCGUCUGGUGCGUUGAGUGUAGGUAUCAGUUCGGUAGCUAUGUCCAUUUUGAACUGUGUUCACCCUCCAGCCGGUGCUUCCGCGUUACUUCCUAGUAUUGACGUCGGCAUCCGGGAGAUGAGCUGGUGGUACUUACCGGUGCACCUUAUCUCCUCCUGCUUGGUCAUCUGCGUGGCAUUGAUCGUGAAUAAUGUAUUGAGGGCGUAUCCAGCGUACUGGUGGACCCCAAUGAAGAAGGAGAUGGGUUCAAACGCUGUUGUGGAGAAAGAUUUAAGCUGGAAAGAGAUGGUGGCGUACGACGAGAUAUCGAGAGGGGUGGAGAUCACCGGCGAGAGUAUACUAGUACCGGCAAAACUUGGAUUGACUGAGGAAGAAUUAGCCUUUUUAAAUGGCAUUCGUCAAAAGAUUGAGUCCUACAACGGCCCGAGUACUGAGGGAAAGUCUGUUUAAUAGAUGAAAGGGCGAUUCGGUUAGGUACAAUCCUAGAUUUGGCCAUCGGUUUUUUUUCUGAGUCAAAUCGGAAAGAAAAAAAGGUUAAAAAGAAUGUGGAUGAUUUCCAGAACAGCAAAUAUGCCGAUAAAUAAUAGAGUCGCUGUCUUCGCGAAGCCCGUGCCGGAUACAUAUAGGACGUAGAACAGAGUCAAUUUGAGGAAAUGAAUAAAGCAUGACGUAUAGGUAUUAA